CAAAUCCUUUCGUAACUAACGUUGUUUUUCUGACGUACACAUCAGAUCUCGACUACAGGUCUCAUAAUAACAUAGAUCUCACUUGUAUCCAGAUCGGUCUCAAGUUGUCGAUCGAGCUACAACCCAAUUGCACUAUACGCAUAGAUUCUCACUACAGUAGCCAAACAAAGGUUAGUCAAAAGAUACCCUUAUAUACACAAAAUGUCCGCCAACUUCACAGGUGAAGACGGUGGUAACGUCUUUACCGACGACUUGAACUCCCAGUUCGACAAAGCCGACACUGUCUGGAUCGGAAUUGCCUCCGUUUUGGUGUGGAUCAUGAUUCCAGGUGUUGGUCUCUUGUAUUCCGGGAUAUCAAGAAAGAAGCACGCAUUGUCGCUUAUGUGGGCUGCUAUUAUGGCUGCCUGUUUGACCGCUUUCCAGUGGUUUUUCUGGGGUUACUCCCUUGUGUUCUCUAAGUCAGGAUCUUCUGUUUUCUUAGGUAACUUGGAAUUCUUUGGUUUAAAGAAUGUCUUUGCUGCUCCAGCCGUCGUCUCUACUGUCCCAGAUAUCUUGUUCUGCUUGUAUCAAGGAAUGUUCGCUGCCACCACCGCCAUUUUGAUGGUUGGUGCUGGAUGUGAACGUGCCAGAUUGGGACCUAUGAUGGUCUUCUUGUUCAUCUGGUUGACUGUUGUCUACUGUCCAAUUGCUUUCUGGACAUGGGGUGGUAACGGUUGGUUAUUCAACUUGGGUGCUCUUGACUUUGCUGGUGGUGGUCCAGUCCACGAAAACUCCGGUUUCGCUGCUUUGGCCUACUCUUUGAUUUUGGGUAAGAGAAACGAUCCAUUAACCAAGGGUAAGGUUCCAAAGUACAAGCCUCACUCGGUAUCUUCCAUUGUCUUGGGUACAGUGUUCCUUUGGUUCGGCUGGUUCGGUUUCAACGGUGGAUCUACCGGUAACGCUACCAUCCGUUCUUGGUACGCUUGUGUUAACACCAAUUUGGCUGCUGCCUCUGGUGGCUUAACUUGGAUGUUUGUCGAUUGGUUCAGAACCGGUGGUAAGUGGUCCACCGUAGGCUUAUGUCUUGGUGCCAUCGCUGGAUUGGUUGGAAUCACUCCAGCUGCUGGUUUCGUGCCUGUAUACACCUCGGUUGUUUUUGGUGUUGUUCCAGCUAUUGUUUGUAACUUCGCUGUCGACUUAAAGGAAGUCUUGCAAAUUGAUGAUGGUAUGGAUGUGUUUGCCUUGCAUGGUAUUGGUGGUAUCUGUGGUUCCAUCUUGACAGGUUUGUUUGCUGCUGACUACGUUGCAGCUGCUGACGGUAGUGUCUACGGCGACCCAUCGUUGAGAAUUGCCGGUGGUUGGAUAAACCACCACUGGAAGCAAUUAGGUUACCAACUUGCUGGUUCCUGUUCCGUUGGUCUCUGGUCCUUUGUCGUCACUGCCAUCUUAUUGUUUGUAAUGGACAAGAUUCCAUUCUUGAGAAUUAGAUUGCAUGAAGACGAAGAAAUGUUGGGUACCGACUUAGCUCAAAUUGGUGAAUUUGCUUAUUAUGAAGAGGAAGGUAAGAACCCAGAAGAAUCUGCAUACGUUCUUGAGCCAAUUAGAUCUACUGAUGCCAGAAUUGCAAAGUUGAGAGCCACUGCCUCUGCUGGUGCUGAAGCCGAGGAAGCUGCUGCUGCUCCUAUUGAUGGAACAGUUGCCGAUGGUACCGGCUCUGUGAGUCCAGACAAUGGUACCGUAAGCGACGGAUCCAAAAAGUGAACAACCUCUUAAAUCAGCAAAGUGUUCCUCCUAAUAUCUUUCCUUCUAUAUUUAAUCCUUUGUAUAUGCAGUUUAUCCUUCAAUUCUUC